GCAGCUGUCACUCACGUCCACGCGUCGUGGCGAAGCUGCGUUUUGCAGAGGAACACAGCAGACUUUGACAGAUGUGGUCAGGUUUCAUGAUCAUUAGCCGUGGGUGUGGGGGGAAUCGGCAGUAGCUGUCACCUACAGCAUAUCGGAUGCCCCCCCCCCCCAUCGAGUGACCUGGAUGUGAAACUGCAAUAAGGGCCGAUCUCUCUUUAUUUUGACACACCGCAACAACGCUGCGAUACUGACGGGGGUGGCUGCAGCAACGGCGGGGGAGCUAACGUUAGCCUACUUUACCAGCCGGCGAUUUCACGUGCGUCUAAAUAUGUGUUUUGUCAUUUAAGAGUCACAGUACAUCGUGUGAGAAAAUUAACGCAAUUUGGAGGUUCCUUUUUGGUCGGCUGAAAUAGUUGUUCGGCUUCGUGAACAAUGGAACGCAGGUGCCAAGAUGAGCAGAAAACAAUGUUGUUAUUAGCCAGUUAGCUGAUGUUAGCUCUGCUAGCCAACGCUUAGUUAACGUUAACUAACGUUACAUCAAAUUAGUGGGCUGAGUUAGCUCGGCUAGCUCAGCCCACUAACUUAAUAGGAACACCUGGUAUUGUGGUUCGUUGGCUGUUCAACGUAAGCGUGUUGGAAACAGUUGCCCAGUGACAGGCUUUUGAAGUGAAACACUUUGGGCGUAUAACUCAUUUUCUCCAGUUAACUAAGCUAGCCUAAGCUAAGCUAGCUAGCUAGUUGACUGACUGUGCUGAGCAGCGCUGAACUCGUUGCUACGGUCCGCCGUGGUGUCACCGCAAUCUUCUAGCUGCGGAAGUCGAAUCGCAAACAUAGCUUUGCUAUCGUCAAACUGUCAAGCGGAUGACUGCCAUGGCGGAGGAGGGAGCCUUUCCUCUGCACCUUUUGGUGUGGAACAAUCAGUACCUGGAGCUCGAUCUGGAGCUGCAGAAGAAAGAGCAGGACGUGGAGCGCCUGGAUCCAAGAGGGCGCACCCCGCUGGAGCUGGCCGUGUGUCUUGGCCACUUGGAGUCAGCCCGGGUCCUGCUUAGGCACUCUGCAGACCCGACACACAAUAACGCGCAGGGAUGGACCAUCUUGCAGGAGGCGGUGAGCACCGGGGACCCCGAGCUGGUCCAGCUGGUGCUUCAGUACAGAGACUUCAAACGGGCCACAGAGAGAUUGGCGGGCAUCCCAGAGCUGCUGAGCAAAUUGAGACAGGCACGAGACUUCUAUGUGGAGAUGAAGUGGGAGUUCACCAGUUGGGUCCCUUUGGUGUCGAAGGUUUGUCCCAGUGACGUCUACCGGGUGUGGAAGAGUGGCUCGUGCCUCCGCGUUGACACCACCCUCCUGGGCUUUGAACACAUGACCUGGCUGAAAGGUCGACGCAGCUACAUCUUCAAGGGCGGAGAUGAAGGCGCCGUAGUGAUGGAGGUGGACCACGAGAAGCAAGUGGUGUACACCGAGCCGCUGGUGUUGUCGCCCCGCGACGCGCCCUCUCUCCUGGCAGCCAUGCAGCCGUCGCAGGAGAACACAGCCCAGCGACUCACGUCGCCCGUCGUCUCCACGCACCUCAACACGCGCAACAUCGCCUUCGAACGGAACAAGUCGGGAAUCUGGGGCUGGCGUUCUGAGAAGAGUGAGGCGGUCAGCGGCUAUGAGGCGAAAGUUUACAGUGCCACCAAUGUGGAGCUGGUGACUCGGUCGAGGACAGAGCAUCUAUCAGACCAGGAUAAGUCGAGGAGCAAAGGCUUAAAGACUCCUUUGCAGUCCUUCCUGGGGAUUGCUGAGCAACACACAGCUCACAAUGGAAGUAAUGUGUCCCAGUGUGCCAGCCCUCACAACCCCACGGCCAUCACGGCCGAGGAGUACUUUGACCCGGAGUUCAACCUGAACAGCAGGGACAUCGGACGUCCCGUCGAGCUCACCAGCAAAGUCCAGAGGUUUAAAGCGACACUGUGGUUGAGUGAGUGUCACCCUCUCUCCUUGGCCGAGCAAGUGACGCCCAUCAUCGACCUCAUGGCCAUCUCCAACGCUCACUUCGCCAAGCUGCGUGACUUCAUCACCCUGCGCCUGCCGCCAGGCUUCCCCGUCAAGAUAGAGAUUCCCCUGUUUCACGUGUUGAAUGCCAGGGUGACUUUCAGUAACCUGUGUGGCUGCGACGAGCCGGUCAGCUCUGUGACCGUUCACCCGCCAGAGGGCCCAGAAGAAGCUGGUCGAGCUCCAUCCCCCAUCCACUGUGACGUGGACCCCUCGGUGUUUGAGCCCCCCGCUGACUACACCACCCUGGGCCCGGGGCGCAGCGAGCCGAUGAGGGACGAGGACGACAACCUGCUGCAGUUCGCCAUCCAGCAGAGCCUGCUGGACGCCGGCACGGAGAGUGACCAGGUGACUAUCUGGGAGGCCCUGACCAACAGCCGCCCAGUGGCCCAGUCUCCGCCGUUCGAGGACGACUCUCAGCUUGAGAGGGCAAUUCAGGAGUCUCUGACCAUCUCACUGGCCAGCAGAGAGGACCCGACUGAACCCUACCCGCCGGCUGCCGUCUCCCCGUCUGACCCCGGCACAGACCCCGCCGCCAACUCGCCGUUCUCCUUCGGCACGGUGGCUGAUCCGCGGUUGUCGGGACACUUUGGUGCGGCGUCGAGCUUUGACGAGCAGCUGCGUAUCGCCAUGGAGAUGUCGUGCCGGGAACAGGAGGAGAUGCACAGGAAGCAGAAGGAGGAAGAGGACGAGCUGGAGAGGAUCCUGCAGCUGUCCCUCACUGAGAAGUAAUGUCAUGACCACAACAACAGCAGAUAAUUUAUUCUGUUUUUUAGUUUUUUUGAAUCCUGAGAUGUUAAGUUAAUUCUGAGAUAUUUUGUUUGUCUUUCUACAACGAGGGCUGCUACAAUAGAUUGUAAAGGACCAGAAUAUAAGAAGCGGGAGGUUGCAUAAGAAUAUCAAGAUAAAUAGGAGGAGCCACUUAGUGAACGCACUACGGUGAAAGGAAGAGACAAAUUAGAGGGAGUCUUUGUUUUUCUUUUUUAUUGAAUAUUUUUCACAGUCUUGGUGUCUUUGAGUGACGAAUGACCCUUACACUUAAAUCUUAUAUAUGUUUCAUGAUAAUUAGAAAAAACAAGAAAAUACAAUCUCAAUGGAACAACUUAUAAAAGAAAUAUGAUAACAUUUUAAACAUUUAUGUUGGCUUACACCUGUGUGAGAAAAAAUAAAGAAUAAUGAUCAUCCUGGA